AGAGGCAUGCUUUGAUUGAACUCCACAGAAAUUCUUCUUUUUUUAAAUUGACUUCCUUUUUGCUGAAAAACUACACACAUGGUGGUCUUGAGUUUUGCUGUGUGAUUUUGUCGGCGAAAAAGUCCAACAUCGGCUCUAAGCUCGGUCACGCACAUGCGCUUCAUUUUUAAUUUUUUUUUUUUGCGCACAAGGAUGCUGCUGCUGGUGCGCACUUGGAAUAAAAGCUGCCUUCUGCUGCUCCUCUUUGCCACCGCGACGAGGUGCCAAGUACCGGAGGGUCGACCCAAGGCCAACUCCAUCAAGCCGGGUCUUCUUGAGGGUGCUGCGGCUGCGGCGGAGGAGGCGGAACAGGCGCCCACCGCCGCCUCCAACCGCUCGGCGACAGCGCGCGCAAGUCCCGUCAAUAAAUUCAACAUCUUUGCGCAGCAGGUGUAUCCGUGCAGCAAUGACAAGGAGUGCAGCGUGGGAAGUUAUUGCCACAGCCCCCAGCAGGCGCCAUUGCGCUGCCUCGCCUGCCGCAGGAGGAAGAAGCGCUGCCACCGGGACGCCAUGUGCUGCCCCGGCAACCGCUGCCAUAACUAUAUUUGCAUGGCGAUUUCCGACAGUGUGAUCUCGCCUCACAUCUCCACCUUGGACGAACACAACAAGUUCUCCGCCAAAGACCCCAACUGGAGGAAAAGCACCGGGAAAACACACACCAAGCAUUCUCUUAAAGGUCACGAGGGUGAUCCGUGCUUGCGUACGUCCGACUGCUCUGAGGGCUACUGCUGCGCCCGGCACUUCUGGACCAAAAUCUGCAAGCCGGUACUGCGACUGGGCGAGGUGUGCACCAAACAGAGGAAGAAAGGCUCGCACAGCCUGGAGAUCUUCCAGCGCUGCGAUUGCGCCAAGGGCCUCUCGUGCAAGGUGUGGAAAGACAGCACCUCGUCGUCCAAGUCCAGACUGCACAUGUGCCAGAAGAUCUGAAGGAGGAGGAGGCAAUGCCGUUAGUGGGCAAUCCGAUCUGCCCAUGGAACGUAGUUUUUUCUGUAGGGAUGGAGUAAAAAGACACGACUGCGUGGGUGUUACUUCACGUUAAUGACAUUCAGGGACGGAGGGACUCCAGGCGGAGAUAUUCGCACAGAAGCCGUAUUAUUAUCGUUAAUAUGACCGCCCAGUGCAUUCCUCAACACGCUGCAAAGUCCAUUUGCUCUAAAGUCCUCCUGGUUUUCCUGUGCCAGAACCUUUCCAUGAUGACAAAUUCGUAAAAGCCGUAUGCCAGUCGCUAUGAGUUAGCGACUGCAAAUAGUUUCUAAAAUAUUGGACUUUUAGCAGAACAGAAAAGCAUUUACACCAUGAAAUGGUAAGAAAAAUGUUAUCGUAACAAUCAUUUGGAAUUUUAAACGGUAAUAGCGGUUAGAUAUAAUAGUAAUACCAAUGCUAAAUAUGGUCAUAAUGAUAAUUAAAUAUUCUUUAAACGGACAUACAGACACUAAUACAGUAAUCUUGUGCUCAGUAGUGUCACUACUGUUGGAGCCAAUCGCAGCUGAUUUUGGAAGAGAGAACACCCUGGACCUGUCGCCAGUCAAUUGCAGGGCACAUACAGACAUACCUGUACAACCAUAUUAACUCACGUUUGCAGUGACAAUCACACCUAUCGACAAUUUAGAGGCAGUUGCUAAGAAGGAUGUUUUUGGGAAGAUCGGUUCCACUGUUGUUUCAAAACCAAAUCUAUCCUGACUGUGAGGCAGAUGUGCUAAACACCAUUCCACCAUCAAGCCAAUGCUAAUACUAACCGUCUGAAAGAUUAUCACAGUUCAUUAGUUCAGAUAUAUUCCAAGAAAUUAAUAUAGGAAUGACAACAAAUAAACACACAUGCUAAUGUUAGCGUAGUCCUUUGCUGCACUAUUCUACUCUACAGUUUCCGCUUUUCAACCGUCCUAGUUUCCUUGUCACCCUCGGAUAAAAUUUGUCUUUUAAAUACAGGAGACUCUCGUUUUUCUCCAUUGUUGUUUUUUGUUAGAGUGUCUGACUACUAUGCCUUCAUGCGUGGUUUUUGUAAUUUUCCAUGGUACUACUAUUUUGAAGUGGACCAUCCCAAUCGAACCAAGCUGAUAUGGUACUGUGCAGUGGAAAAGUGGCAGAAAUAUACAGAUUUCAUUCCUACAGUACUCCUAGCCACUCUUGGUCAUAUGUGCAUAGGGAUAUGAUUACUAUUAUAUGAUGUGAUACGCUAAUCAUAAUUAUAAUCCUCCGUUUAUUUAUUUCACUGGUAUUUCAGCUCAGCAACAAUAACUGCAUUUCAAAGAAAUUCCCAGUUAAAAAUCUCGGAAACGUCACUUAAAACUCUUAACCAAAGAAAAACAAGUCAUCUAUUAGCCGUGAGUAUUCCGUCCAUUGUUCAGGUAAUUUCUAAAUGUAAUUUAGUAAUUAAAAUUGUUGCGUUUACUUCUCCAGUUCUUACAAGGGGUAAUGUUUCCGAAGCCAGCUGGGUCAAAUUAUGCCAGAACAUUGUUUACAAUGACUGCAAAACUGUGCAUUAGUGUGUUUUUUUGUAGCUACCAGUGUCUAUUUUUAAAAGCAGUAGUCCACAUAUUAUCUUUUCUCCCUGUAUUCUACUAUUUUAUUUGUAACCAUUUCAAAACAUAGAUGAGCUUAUUUUGUAAAUAGAAUGGAGGCGACGACGUAUUUAAGAAACAGUGUAUAUCAUGUACAUAUAAUGAGAUUUAAAGCCUAAAUGGUACAGCCAAAUAAUAAAGGUGAGAAGAGUGAAGGGAAGAAAUGGUAGCCAUACAGUAGUAGAUAUCUGAGAGGGAUUAUGCAUCAUAAGGAAAGUUUCUGCAACACAAAUACAUUGUGUAAAUGGUAUGUAUAUGAUAAGAUUUAUAUCCAACUAAAUAUUGUUUUCUGUGAAUAAGUGCUAUUGAUUUGUUUUGCAUAU